AGCGACGACGUCAAGCUUCUUGGUUCGAAGCAGAAGCAGCCUCACAGGAACAGUAUAUGGACCUCCUUCUUCCUCCUUGACUACUGAUGAAUAAAAAAACUAGAAUGAAAGAGAGAGGAAAACGAAGUCAAAAGAAGCAAAGAAUCGAUUAGUAGUGACUGCAUAUUUUUUACAGCUUUUUCAGUUGUAAAAAUGGCAGCAGCUAGAGUAAAUUUGAAUAGCUCGAUACAAAACAGUUUGUGGCUUUUAAAUCCAAUAUGUUCCUUCAAUUCUAGAGCCACCCAUUUCAAGAAUCGCCUGAAUUUUCCUCAAAGUCUCGUCCUUUCUUCUUUGUCUUCUUCAAAAAGAGCCAUGUUUUGCAGUUGCUCAAGCAGCAAUGAUAGGGGCAAAAACAAUCCCCAAAGUGGAGAAUUAGGGGAGCCUUUUGUCCUCACAACUCCUCUUUAUUACGUGAAUGCUCCCCCUCAUAUGGGAAGUGCCUACACUACCAUAGCUGCUGAUGCCAUUGCUCGAUUUCAGAGGCUCUUGGGGAAAAAGGUAAUAUUUAUUACAGGCACAGAUGAGCAUGGGGAGAAAAUAGCUACAGCUGCAGCUGCUAAUGGUUCUAGUCCAAGUGAGCAUUGUGAUGUCAUAGCUCAAUCUUACAUAACACUAUGGAAAUAUUUAGAUAUUGCCUAUGAUAAGUUCAUCCGCACGACUGAUCCUAAACAUGAGGCAAUUGUGAAAGAAUUUUAUUCUAGGGUUCUUGAAAAGGGUGACAUUUACCAGGCUGACUAUGAGGGGCUUUACUGUGUCAACUGUGAGGAGUAUAAGGACGAGAAAGAGCUGCUUGAAAACAACUGUUGCCCCAUGCACCUAAAGCCUUGUGUUCCUAGGAAAGAAAAUAAUUACUUCUUUGCACUGUCAAAGUACCAAAAAUUACUAGAACAAACUUUCUUGGAGAAUCCAAAUUUUGUUCAGCCUUCAUUUCGUCUUAAUGAGGUGCAAAGUUGGAUCAAAAGUGGCUUAAAAGACUUCUCCAUUUCCCGAGCAUCAGUGGAAUGGGGUAUUCCAGUUCCCAAUGACAACAAGCAAACUAUUUACGUUUGGUUUGAUGCUUUGCUAGGCUACAUAUCAGCCCUGUCAGAGAAUAAAGAGCAGCAGGAUUUACAGAGUGCUGUUUCUUCAGGUUGGCCAGCCUCACUACACUUGAUUGGAAAGGAUAUUUUGCGUUUUCAUGCAGUUUACUGGCCUGCUAUGCUAAUUUCUGCUGGAUUGAGUCUUCCUAAGGUUGUGUUUGGCCAUGGAUUCUUGACAAAGGAUGGCAUGAAGAUGGGGAAGUCUUUAGGGAAUACAAUUGAACCAAAAGAAUUACUUAGUAAAUUUGGACCUGAUGCUGUCCGGUAUUUCUUCCUCAGGGAGGUGGAAUUUGGAAAUGAUGGGGACUAUUCAGAGGAUCGAUUCAUUAAUGUUGUCAAUGCACAUCUUGCCAACACUAUAGGAAAUCUUCUUAACCGAACUCUUGGGCUUCUUAAAAAGAACUGCCAAUCCACCUUAGUGGCUGAUUCAAUUGCUGUGGCUGAAGGAAAUACUUUCAAGGAUACUGUUUUGAAGCUGAUUGAAAAGGCUCGGAUCCAUUAUGAAAACCUCUCAUUAUCAUUAGCUUGUGAAGCUGUCCUAGAGAUUGGAAAUGCUGGAAAUUCGUACAUGGAUGAACGUGCACCAUGGUCUCUUUUUAAACAAGGAGGCGCUGCUUCUGAAGCUGCAGCAAGGGAUCUAGUGAUUAUAUUGGAAACGAUGAGGAUCAUAGCAGUUGCUUUAUCCCCAGUGGUGCCUAGCUUAUGUCAGAGGAUAUAUGCACAGCUUGGCUACUCUGAGGAUGAGUUCAAGAAUGCAACCUGGGGGGAAACCAAGUGGGGUGGUCUAAAGGGUGGUCAGGUCAUGUCUCAACCUAAACCGGUCUUUGCGAGGAUUGAGCAAACAGGAACAGAUGAUGAGAAUCUAAUCUACCACCCAAAAAGGCUGUGAAAAAGAAAGAGAAGGUUCGACAAGUCCAAGGGGUAGCAGAAGCCUAGAAGGCAUAGUAUUAAUUUCUAAAGAAAGACCACAUCUUCGAAGCUCACAUUCAUCUAACAAUCUUUUUUUUUUUUUCUUUUUUAAUUUAAUUUAUCUGUUAUCACUCAGCUAGAUUAUUGUAUAUUGAUUGUGAUGAUGAGAUGCAAUAAGCUAGUUAAUAAAUUGCAUUAUUUUUCCCAGCAUAUCCGUGUCUCUUCUUGUUGACAUUUUGGGAUGUUCUCUAGUAUGAGAAUACAAAAUAGUUUGAUUGGGGUUUAGCUCUUACAUUUAUUUUCAUUUCCAUCUUCAUAAAUAUUUUCAUUUCCAUCUUCAUGAAUACUUUCCUCUGGCAUUGUCAUCUGAAAAUUCUUCUGCGUAUGCAGCAACAUAAGAAAAAUCACAAGAUGGA